UACGCUGAGGGACCGAGGGUAAAAGAAAUAGCCCAACAGAGAGCCCAAUAAAUUCUGCCGAAAUUAAGAUACCGUUCCAAGUGAAAAUAAAACAUUGUCUUCCAGAUAUUCGCGACUUUAGUUGUUACUUUAAGGUUGUGUUGCUGCAAUGUCCUGCGUUCUGGUUAGUUCAUCAGGGGCUCGGGUCCUUCUGGAGGAUGGGCGAGCCUUGCUGUUGGGUCGGGGUCCCGACACCGGAGUCGUCGACAAGAAGUGUUCGAGACACCAGGUGAAGGUGGUGGCUUGCUUUGAAGACCAGGAUGUGGUUGUCACUCAGCUUGGUCCCAAUCCAAGUUUCCUGGAGGGUGAGAAGCUUGGCCGUGGACAGUCUGGUAAACUCAGUCAUGGGGGCACCCUCUACCUGGUCAACCAGCAAUACCCAUUUCAAGUGUGCUUCACCUCGAGCUCGGCUAGAGCUGCUUCCAGUACGGUACAAGGAGGGCUCAAAGAUACAAACAAAUCAAAAGGUGGGAAGAACGGGAAUGAAAAAAGGUCACCUUGGAGUCUACCUAAGCGCAGUAUGAAGGAUUUCUUUCAUACCUCUCCCAUGAAGUCUUCAAAAAGGCCGCUUAGCCCAGAGAGAGGGCGUCCUGAUGCAAAGCGCCAGAGAGGGGAUGAGGAGGCCUCUAGUGGAUGGAAUAAGGAGGAGGCGAGCGAAAAUGAGGAUGAGAAACGAGUAGAAGAAAAGCUCAAGCAGCUCCAGGACUUGGCAGAGAUGGCCAUGAGUCAGAAAUAUAACAAGAGCGCCCAGCCUGCAUCAUCAUCAUCAUCUUCUUCUACCUCCCCAGCCUGUGUAAACAGCGUUUGGCAGCAAAUUGGCAAUCUCAUGCUUUAUACUGCAGGAGGCGUCAGAGGAAGUGACAAGAUUGCUGGGUUUGACAUAGAUGGCUGCAUUAUCACCACUAAGUCUGGCAAAGUUUUUCCCACUGCACCGGAUGACUGGAAAAUUCUCUACCCUGAAAUUCAGCCUCGUCUGGCCAGCUUAAUUAAGAAAGGAUACAAGGUGGUCUUUUUCACAAACCAGAUGGGAAUCGCUAGAGGAAAACUGAGGCCAGAAGUCUUCAAGUCGAAAGUGGAGGACAUCCUGACCACACUACAGCUACCUGUGCAGGUGUUUGUAGCAGCUGGUCCGGGAAUCUACAGGAAACCAGCAGUGGGAAUGUGGAAUCACUUGUGUGAAAAGGCCAAUGAUGGUGUUCAUGUGGACAACUCACAAAGUUUUUAUGUUGGAGAUGCUGCAGGUAGACCUGAGAACUGGGCUCCAGGGAAGAAGAAGAAGGACUUCUCCUGCAGUGACCGACUGUUUGCUCUGAAUCUCAGCUUGCAAUUCCACACACCAGAGGAGUACUUCCUGGGCUGGAAGAGCGCCUCAUAUAGUCUACCACAAUUUGACCCUAGAAAACUUGACUCCACCGCCAGGCUGUAUGACCCGCCGUCUGCGUCUCUCACCUUGAGCAAGAUAGAAGUCAUUGUGGCCGUGGGUUUCCCCGCAUCGGGCAAGUCCACAUUCUUCCACACCCAUAUUGUCCCAAAGGGUUAUGCCUACGUCAACAGGGACGUGCUUGGUUCAUGGCAGAGCUGUGUGGCGGCAUGUCAGCGUGCUCUGAAGGAGGGCCGCAGCGUCGCCAUAGACAACACCAAUCCUGACCUCGAGUCCCGCAAACGUUAUGUGGAUGUGGCCAAGGCAGCAGGCAUGUCCUGUCGCUGUUUUCACUUCUCAGCCACUCUGGAACAAGCCAAACACAACAAUAGAUUCCGUGAGAUGGUGCCCUCAGACAGCAAACAUAUGAAAGUUAACGACAUGAUUUUCCAAAGCUAUAAGAAACACUUUGUGGCACCGGCUCUCUCCGAGGGAUUCUCCGAGAUUCUCAAUAUCCACUUUGUCCCUAACUUUAAAGACAGCCAAUCAGAAAUCUUGUUCCGACAGUUCACUGAAGGCUGAUGGUCCCAAUCACGUUGAUGAACUAUGUAAGAAUAAUUAUUCUAAAUGGUUAAGCUGUGAGAGGUGAAAUUGUACCAGCAAGCAAGACACAACUGAGAAAAAUUGGUAAGGUUUCUUAUUCACCUUUACAUUAAGUUUAGCAGUUAAGUGCACAAAAUUAACAUUUUCAUAAUGUUGUGAAUUAUUUCUUAAAACUGUGUAUUACAACAUGGCUGUGAGAGUUUUGAUAUCACACUUCGACUUGCAAUAAAGAGAACAGUACAACACA